AGGGUGCUUAUGUUGCCUGCGAGGUAAAUGUCCGUCGGCCCCAGAGAGGAGAUACUGCAGCACUGAGUCAUGGUCCUGCUCUGUGCGCGCUGUUAGGCUCUCAGGUUCGCCGUGUUGCUUAAUUAGGACAUCCCGGAAGAGUCCCGGUGGUCCUGUGCGCAGCUGAGUGACGGGGCUGGGAGGCAGGGGACUGCACGGCAGCAGCAGAAAGCCACGAAUCCGUCCCGGGAUAUUGACAGCCACAACAAAACAUCCCGACAGAAAUCCACUGCGGAUCAGAGGAGGGAGGUUGGUCACCAUGGAUGGUUUAAUGGAGCGGCUGGAGCGAGCUGUGACUCGCCUAGAGCAGAUGUCCGUCACAAUGCAGUCCAGUGGCAUGGCUAACGGGGACUGUGUCAACGGCAUCAGUGGAGGUCUUUCUCCCUGUGUGGAGGCGUUCGAUAUGCUGAUGAGAGGUCCAGUGUCGGAAUACCUGAGCAACAGUAAAGCCAUAGGAAGCGAUGUGGAGAAACAUGCGGAGAUGGUGAACAAGGCUCUUCAGACUCAAAGAUCUUUCCUCAAAAUGGCUUCUACACACCAAGAACCUGCACAGACGGAGCUUCGUGACCUGCUGAAGCCCAUUUCUGAUCACAUCCAGGAGAUCCAGAACUUCCGGGAACGAAACCGUGGCAGCAACCUGUUCAACCACCUCUCAGCUGUCAGCGAGAGCAUCCCAGCUCUGGGCUGGGUGGCUGUGAGUCAGAAGCCCGGCCCUUACGUGAAAGAGAUGAAUGAUGCCGCCAUCUUCUACACCAACAGAGUGCUGAAGGACUACAAGGAAAGCGACAAACGCCAUGUGGACUGGGUGUGCUCCUACCUGACGAUCUGGACCGAGAUGCAGUCGUUCAUCAAACAGCACCACACCACCGGACUGGUCUGGAGUAAGACUGGCCCCAUUGCUCCUUCUUCUGUCUUUAUCGCCCCCACUACCUCCGCUGCUCCCUGUCCACCUCCUCCUCCUCCUCCUGGUCCUCCUCCAGUCUUCACAGACGAUGACUCCCAGCCCAAGUCCGGCAGCCCGGCUGCACCACACUCAGCAUUAUUCGCCCAGCUUAACCAGGGCAUGAACAUCACUAAAGGUCUGAAGCAUGUCUCAGAUGACAAGAAGACCCAUAAGAACCCAAAUCUGCGCUCCCAAGAAACACCGACCAAAAACAGGAAAUCCGGGUCUGGGAACUCGCCCAGAGCGGCCGUUCAGAAAAAAACCCCUCUGCUGGAGCUGGAGGGGAAGAAAUGGAGGGUGGAGAACUUUGAGCAGAAUCACGACUUGGUGAUCGAGGAGACGGAGCUGAAACAAGUGGUCUAUAUCUUCGGUUGUAACAACUCCACCGUGCAGGUCAAGGGAAAAAUUAACUCCAUCAUCAUCGAUAACUGUAAGAAGCUUGGUCUGGUUUUUGAGAACGUGGUUGGGAUUGUGGAGGUCAUCAACUCAAAGGCUAUUCAGUUACAGGUGUUGGGUACAGUUCCCACCAUGUCCAUCAACAAAACCGAAGGCUGCCAGGUCUAUCUGAGUAAGGACGCCCUCAACUGUGACAUCAUCAGUGCCAAAAGCUCUGAGAUGAACAUCAUGAUACCAAAAGGAGAUGACGAUUAUAGAGAGUUUCCGGUCCACGAGCAGUUCAAGACUGUUUGGGAUGGCUCCAGACUGGUGACAGAACCCACUGAGAUUGCAGGCUAAUUGAUACAUUGUCAUCCCCACCACCAUCUUCAUCAUCAUCAUCAUCACCUUUGACAUAAAAAAAACAUAUAUAUUUCCAUCCCUCUGAUUUCUUUGGAUCUCAGAGAUAUAAAAGGGAUUUUACACGUCAAUAAUCUGUUGAUCAAAUCAUUGUUGCUGUAUUCGUUUCCUGGUAAGAUGUAUCUCAAGCACUUUUUAAAACGGUUGAUUGCAGUGAACCAGUCAUUAAGUCAAUUGUCUACACGUGUCUACAAAACACAGCUGUAAAAAUGCACCACAGAAAUACAAUAAAUACACAAACUAAUAUAUUUACUCUUUCUUACAUUUUCUGUGCCAUAGCAACAGCAAGGCAUUUAUGUAAGAAUAUAUAACAUAUAGCAGUAUUCCCAUUCCCAUCUUCAAAAUAGUUCCUCUAAAUGCUAUUAAUUACAAUUAUGAUCAUACAUGUGCUAUAUGCUAGUAUGUAUGUGUAUAUACUCAAGAUUAUGUGACAACCACAAUAUUCAGUGGACAAGCGCACAGCAAUGAUUUGGAGUCACAUGUAGGAUUAUUGUCUUUUUUCUAUUGAAUGAAGUGUGUCUUAGUUACCUCUUUAUCAAUGUGUAUAGUGCAUGUUAGUCACAUGAUGCUGUUUCACAUAGAGUUGAUGCUACACUACUCAGUAGUACUUUUGCAUUAACAGCAGACUUCACCAUCUUACUAAUGCACAGUGCUGAAUGUAAAGUGUAAUUAAUCAGUUCAGAUGAAUGUAACAGACACACAAUUAAAGACAACAAAUAAAAUGAUGAAAAUAAUAAACUCAAUAUUCACCUACUAAUUUCUUUUAAUAUUUAGAUAUCAAGUUACAAGCACUUCAUUAAUAAGCCUUAAAAUACUGAAAUACUUAAUAUACUUAACAGUUAGGCUAACUUUCACAUUUGACACCCUGUUUUGUAUUAACAUGUAGCACAUGGCACCAGCAUAAAUGAGAAGAUCAUUUACACCAGUAGUACUUUUCAAAAACUUUUAAUUUACAUGGAAACAAUUUGAUGUAUCUGUAUCAUUUUUCAAAUAAAAUCAAAACCCUCAA